CUCUAGUGCCACCAGUAUGAGCAGUAUCAGAAACUUGAAGUAUAAACGAACAUAGAUAAAUAAAUAGAUAGAAUGAUAGAUCCAUAGAUAGAUAGAUGGAUAGAUAGGGAAAGAGAGAGGGUUGGGGUGUUUCGCUCAGUGACUUUAAGAAGGCCAGACAUGAAGACACCUUUGAUCCUCUUCUUCGGUCUGCUUGCCGGUGUUCUUCCUGUGGAGUCUGUGAUCCAGGUGACUGGAUAUGUAGGUAAAUCAGCAGUGAUCAGAUGCCCCUAUGAUAGAGGAUAUGUGGGAUACUCCAAGUACCUCUGCAGAGGGUCAUGUCGUCUUGGAGGUAAAGAUAAGAAAGUUGAGACAAAAGCAGGUCAGACCAAAGCAAUCAAUGGGAGAUUCUCUCUGCAUGAUGACACCACUGCUGGAGUCUUCACUGUGACCAUCACUGGACUGAGUGCAGAGGAUUCUGGGCAGUACUGGUGUGGGGUUAAAACAGGAGUUGGGAGAUAUGAUGUGUUCACUGAAGUGGAGUUAAAUGUUAAAAAAGUUCCACCUCCCUCCCCGAUGUCCACCACCACUGAGGACCACACUCUCUCAUCUUCAUCUUCAUCUUCAUCUGGUCCGACAUUCAACACCUCCCAAUUUGACCUGCAGCCAACCCCUGGCCAGUGGACAGCUGGUGUGACCCCACAGCUUCAGGAGGGCCGCGUGCCGUCCACUGAUGUGCUAAUCCUUUGCACAGCGGGCCUGCUGGCUGUGGUCAUGGUGUGUGGGCUGGCCUACAGACUGAGGGGGAGGAAGUCAAAAGGAAACAUCCCACCUACCCUUCGAAACAGAAGCCUGGCAGAGGAUCCCAAUGACUAUGAGAUGACUGAGGAGCCAGAGAGUGUCCCAGGGGCCAGGGAGUCGGUCAGCACCCUCUACUGCCUUGCAGACCAGCCUCACCAACCCUCAGUGACCACCACUGGCAGGCCAUUCAGGAAAAACCCGGAGCCGCCCAUCUACUUUAACUCCGAGGAAGACCCUGCUUUUCCCAUUUACGCCAAUGAAACAGCCUGAAGAGACUACAAUCCCCACAAUGCACUAUUCCAGUGUGAAGAGCUCUGCUGUCAAUGCAUUGAUACUGGUGCAGAGUGUGGUGGCUAGUUUCCCCCACGAUGUUAAGUAUUUAAUUUUCACUUUAUGAAUAUAUGUGUGUGCAUUAUACAUGUAAAUCAUUUAGUAAAUGAUAUCAAUUAAAAUACAGAGUACUAUGGUAUCUAAUAAUACCUUGAUUAUGGACUCUUCUGUGACUGCUUAAGAGAAUGAUGUAUUUAUUGAUUAUAAAUAAUAUAGGGAAGUGGUCUAUAUUACUGUUGUAAAACUCAUUAAGGUGAGGUAAUUGAGGUGGUUUUUUUUGUUCAUACUUUAGGCAAGAGCUCAGUAAUAAACAUGUUGUAUCAAGUUAA